AUGAACCAAGAAACUGUAGUUAUCAUAGUUGGAGGUGGCCCUGCUGGCCUUGCAACUUCAGCGUGCCUAAAUGUACGUGGCAUUCCCAAUAUUGUUCUAGAACGAGAAGAUUGCAGUGCUUCUCUUUGGAAAAAACGAACUUAUGGUCGUUUGAAACUCCAUUUGGCCAAGCAAUUUUGCCAACUUCCUCACAUGUCAUUUCCUUCUGAUGCACCAACUUUUGUACCCAAAGAUGGCUUCAUCCAAUAUUUGGAUGACUACACUUCCCAUUUUAACAUUAAUCCCAUUUAUUGUAGGCUUGUUGAGUCUGCAUCUUUUGGUGUUACUGAUGAAAAAUGGCUUGUUUUGGCCAAAAACGCACUGUCUGGGGCAAUAGAAAAUUAUGUUGCAAAAUUUCUAGUUGUUGCCACGGGCGAAAAUGGUCAAGGGUUGAUACCAGAAAUUCCAGGUCUUGAUAGUUUUGGCGGUGUGGCCAUGCAUUCUAGCCAUUAUGACAAUGGCCAGAAUUUUUGUGACAAAGAUGUAUUAGUUGUUGGUUCAGGAAACUCUGGGAUGGAAAUAGCCUAUGAUUUAGCAGACUGGGAUGCUAAGACCUCAAUUGUGAUUCGUAGCCCGGUUCAUGUUCUAACCAAGGAAAUGGUGCGAUUUGGAAUGCAACUGUUGAAAUUCAUUCCUUGUGAUCUAGUGGAUCGCACUGUAGUCAUGCUUAACAAGUUCCUGCAUGGAAACCUUGCUAAAUAUGGGCUUGUAAGGCCAGACAAGGGACCUUUUCUUCUCAAAAAUAUGACAGGACAAUCUCCUGUCAUAGAUGUUGGGACUUUGAAAAUGAUCAAAAGUGGAAAAAUUCAGGUUCUACCGGCAGUGAAGAGGGUUGAUGGAGAUUAUGUUGAAUUUUCAAACGGCAUUAAGAAAAAUUUUGAUGCCAUAGUUUUUGCUACUGGCUACAAAAGCACAGUGAGAACAUGGUUAAAGGAUGAAACUAGCCUUUUCAAUGAAGAUGGAAUGCCCCAGAAAAGCAGACCCAAUCACUGGAAGGGAGAUGAUGGAUUGUAUUGUGCAGGAUUCUCAAGCUCUGGACUGUUUGGAAUAUCUAAAGAUGCCAUGAAUAUAGCUGAAGAUAUCAAUUUCAUGCCAGGGAAGGAAAAGAAUUAA